AUGAAGGAUGAAACAAGCUUGCUGCGGGAAAAGUUGCGCGUGUGUGAAGAGAAAUUAAGUCGAACGACAAUGGUCUUACAAGAACGAAAUGCUGAAUUAAUUGGAACUCGCACGUUCUUAACAGCAACAGACGUCUACUCCAGCGCCGAAAUCAUACAAAUGGUUAAUGCGUUAAACGCAGACAUUUUCCAACUCGCUGCGGUUGUAGCAGAUUUGUUUGAAAACGAGGCCGUGGUAGCUACGGAAGAGGAACGUGCCCGAAAUUUGGAUGCUGUUUUAGGUCAUUUAAAUGCCGUAUUUCAAGUGAUAGGAGCGGAACUAUCAUUACAGCUUACCGGGACGUAUAAGCAUCUACGACAGGAUCCCUUUGCACUUCAGUUGGCGAUCCAGGCCUUUAUCACACAUACUUGCAUGCAAAAAACACAAGUUUUUUCCGAAAACCAAGGGGGUCAGUUCAUGGUACUGUACAAGAAAAUCAAGUCCUUCGAACAACGAACAGUGGCCACAAGAUGGAGGGCGAUUGCAAGCGCGCAUAUUCCGGACCCCGAUCUGAGUGCAGAUACCGAAGCAGCGACAAUGGGGAUCAAAAGCAUUCUUUAUCUUUGUCUCUGGUCAUCAUCAGAGUCGCAGAUACGUGUUAUCGAAAGCAAGGCGGCCGCAAUUCUGAAAUUAAGUUACAAGUUAAAGAAGGCAAUGCAUGAAGGUAUCAUAACGGGAGAUAUGGAGACCUUUAUUAUCCCUCCCGGAGGUCACUUCAACGAUUCUAUGGAAAACGGAUACGUCGUGGAUAAAGAAUGUGAUACGGCGGAAAAAGCAAACCGGGUACUAUGUACAGUUGGGAUGGGAUUAAAGAAAGUUGUCAUGCCAGUGAGCAAGUCGGGCGAAGUGGAAAUGGCUUUACUCGUGAAGCCAGUAGUUGUUUUGAAUGGGGUUUUUUAA